AUGAAUCCCAGUCCCAAUUCCAAUCCCAAUCCCAAUCCGAAACCCUACCCAACUGCGCCACACGCAGCCCGCACUCAAUCAUCCUCCUCGGGCGACUGCGACAACUGCGCCACACGCAGCCCUUGGCUCCUCCACCAUGUCCGCCUCCGCCGCAUGCUCCGCCGUCUCUGCACCUCCUGCGUCCUCCGCCUCCACCCAUCCUCCUUCUGCCCGAUCUGCUUCUCAAUCCACGGAGUGAAACAGCCAGAUCGGGAACCAGGGGAGCUCCUCCGGUGCUCCAACUGCGCCUCUCUCACCCACUCCCGCUGCGCUCCUUCCCACCCUCUCCCGCCGUUCCCUUUCCUCUGCCCUCCCUGCUCCGACCCCACCUUUUCCUUCUUCUCCCCUCCCCCUGGGUCCCGCGUCUCCAUCGACGCCAAGAUGGCUACGGCUCUGCUCUGCGCCGCCAAGAUCGCCGCAUCGUCGAUGGCUGAGGCGGUCAGGGCGGCGGAGGAGGAGGCCGGCCGGAGGGCUAAAGAAGCGGCCGUGUGUAGGAAGAGGGUGAAGGAGGCGCUGGAUAAAGUCUCGGCCGUCGCCGCAGCGGCAAAGAAGAAAACGGUGCCACCGCCGGAAUCCGGGAAGCCAAAGAGUACCGCCUGA